GUUAACAUUCAGUUUAUAUUUAUAUAUAAUGGCAUCAAUUAAAGAAGAUGAUAAGAAAGAAAUACCAGAAAUCAUACAUGAUCCCCAAACAAACAGCACAUAUCAAAGAUUACGAUUCUUUGGAAAGGGUGGCUUUGCAAAGUGUUAUGAAAUACAGGAUAUAGCCACUAAUCAAGUAUGGGCUGGCAAAGUUGUUCCCAAAAAGCUUCUAGUAAAAUCAAAUCAGAAAGAGAAAACAUUUCAAGAGAUCUCCAUCCAUAGAUCGCUACAACAUAAACAUGUAGUUGGAUUCCAUAGCUUCUUCGAAGACUCUCUUAAUAUUUAUAUUAUUUUGGAACUAUGUAAAAGAAGGUCUAUGAUGGAACUACACAAACGUAGAAAAGCGAUAACGGAGCCAGAGACAAGAUUCUACAUGCACCAGAUACUGUUGGGUGUCCAGUACUUACACCAUAAGCGUAUCAUUCACAGGGAUCUCAAACUGGGAAACCUUUUCUUAGAUGAUGAUUUACAUGUUAAGAUUGGGGACUUUGGUCUCGCCGCCCGCAUUGAAUAUGAAGGAGAGAGAAAGCAGACUGUAUGCGGCACACCAAACUAUAUAGCGCCUGAGAUAUUGACAAAGAAGGGACACUCCUUUGAAGUAGACAUUUGGAGCUUGGGCUGCAUCAUGUAUACUCUGCUUGUUGGCAAACCGCCGUUUGAGACAUCCACACUACAAGACACUUACAAGAGGAUUAAGAAGUGUGAAUAUAGGAUCCCAUCCGCGCUACGCAAGCCGGCCGCGUCGAUGAUUGUGCUGCAGCUGCAGUCGAACCCGUCGCUGCGGCCGUCGGUGGACAAGCUGCUGCAGCACGAGUUCUUCUCUGCGGGCAUCAUGCCGGCCGCGCUGCCGCUGUCGUGCCUCACCACCGCGCCGCGCACGGACCAGCUGGUGGAGGGCGCGCCGCUGCACCGGCGUCCGCUCAACGAGGUCAACAGCAACGACCAAGCGAUGGCGGUGGACUCGCCGGUAAAGCGUGCGCCGGGGGCUGAGCCGCGCACGGUGGAGCUCACGUCGCACAGGCAGAACCUCGUGGCGCUGCGCGACCAGCUCGCUGCAUUGCUUACUAGCAAGCUAAAAUGCCGUCCCGAAUACUUGACCGACGAGCUGAGUGACCCGGCGGCCCAGCCGCUCGUGUGGGUCGGCAAGUGGGUGGACUACAGCGACAAGUACGGCUUCGGCUACCAGCUGUGCGACGAGAGCGUGGGCGUCAUGUUCAACGACACAACCAAGCUGAUCAUGCUCGCUAACGGAGUAAACGUGCAUUACAUCAACCGGCAGGGCCAGGAGCAGUAUAUGACGAUGCGCGAAUAUCCACAAGAGCUCGACAAGAAGAUGAAACUCCUCACUUACUUCAGGAGAUAUAUGACUGAACAUCUCAUGAAAGCUGGUGCAUCAGUACCGGUACGAGAAAGCGACGGUCUGUCCCGGUUGCCGCAUCUGCACCAGUGGUUCCGCACCACACUCGCCGUCAUCAUGUACCUGACUAAUGGAACGUUACAGAUUAACUUCCAAGACCACACAAAGAUUAUAUUAUGUCCAUUGAUGCAAGCCGUCACGUACAUCGACGUAGAGAAGAACUUCAGAACUUUCCGAUUCACGACGAUAGAAGAACAUGGAUGUGAUAAGAAACUGUACACGAAUCUCAAAUACGCGUUGGAGAAGAUUAACAGUGUUUUAGCGAACAAGCUAUGCUAAGUCGCGCGACUUGACUGUGGAUUAUUUGAUUGAAAUGAAUACAUUAUUCGAUUUCACGCAUAGGAUAGUGUGACUCACACUUUCAUAGUAAACUUAAAUUAUAUUUCAUAGUUUUAAUCUUUUUAACCAUGUUGUGUUUGCGUUAUUUCGGCAUUUAUUCUCUCAAAACAGACAGGACAUUGUUUUUCUUGAAAACAUUAUUUAUUUUAACGAUUUCGGAAAUUACCCAGUCAUAAAUGGAUAACGGCAUAAAAUGGACUAUAAUAUACUCCUAGCGAGGAAUGGAAGUUUAAGUUUCCAUGAUUACCGAAAAUAUUUUUUAUUUUAAACCCAAUGAAAGAGUAAUUUUAAAUUAUAGAUUUUAAAACAUAAAUCUCUGCACUAGAUAUAAUGUGGACAUUUAUAAUACCUCCUUAUUGUUAUAGUGCCUUUUAGAUGUUAUUUCCUGGAGUUUUAGACAUGUUGAUUAGGAAGUGUAGUUGGCACCGUGACUGAUUGCCGGGUGCAUCAAGAGAUAUCAUUUGUAAUGUUGUAUUUAGUUUUGUAAACACUUAUUUUAUAAGUUUUCGUGCUUCACCAACAUCGAAGCUUUCCAAGUAUCACACGUUUUCAAAUUCCCCAUAAAUUUUUCGUUAUCAUAUGCUUCAUUGUGCAUUCUGUUACUGUUUUUUGUAAGAAAGCAAAUGGACUCAGUAUUAUUGUUAAUUCGAUGCUCUUGAAGCACUGCAUUUGUAACUUUCUUCAGAGGUUUGUUACCUCAUGUAAUAUAAACAUUUGACAAUAAAGUUUGUAGUACAAAAUAAAA